CAAGGUUAAUUAUGCAAUAUAAUGUGAAGUCAUUAUCUUUGUUACUAAGACUAUAACAAAUAAAUAACCGACCAGAAACAACAUUUGAAUUUAUUUUUUUUGUUUAAUUCUUGUAACAGUUAACAAGUUUUUAAUUCAGUGACCUACGAAUUAAAACGAGUCACACCACGUUUUCGAACUUGAAAAUUGGACAAUUGAGGAGCUAAAGUAAAAGCAAAAUGGUGGACGUGGUAAAAUAUUAUGCGGACAAGUCCAUCUUAAUUACCGGAGCCACAGGUUUUAUGGGGAAAGUAUUGAUGGAGAAGCUUCUCCGUUCGUGUCCAGACAUAAAGACCAUGUAUAUCCUGGUGAGGAAGAAGAAAGACCAGACAGCAGAGCAGAGGCUUCAUAACAUUGUGAACUGCAAGUUAUUUGAGAAGCUGUUGGAGAUGAAUCCUAAAGUCAUGGAUAAAAUCAAAGUCAUCAAUGGGGACAUAAUGGAAGAAGGUCUGGGCCUCUCUCCCCAGCAUUUGGAGGAGUUGAGAAACGAAUGUCAAAUAGUCUUCAACAAUGCCGCUUCGGUCAGUUUCAAUCUGUCCUUAAAAGAAGCUGUGAAGACGAAUGUUAUGGGGACCCAAAAGGUGUUAGCAUUAGCAGACACUAUGAAAAAAUUGGAGGCUUUUGUCCAUGUGUCCACGUCGUUUUGUCACGAUCAUCUUAAAGUUGUCGAAGAGAAGGUGUACCCAGCUCCACAUUCACCAAAAAAUGUUAUCGACAUUAUCAGCUGGAUGGACGAUGAAACUCUCGCGACUCUUGAGAAGAAACUAGUGUCACCGUUCCCAAACACUUACGGCUACACUAAGUGUUUAACAGAGCAACUGAUUUCAGAUCAUGGUGCGACAUACCCUAUCGCUAUCGCAAGACCCUCUAUAGUGAUACCAGCUUUUAAGGAUCCUAUGCCCGGCUGGGUGGACAAUGUCAAUGGACCAAACGGAAUCAUGUACGCUGCUUCUAGAGGGGUAUUGCAUACUAUUUACUGCAAGCAAACAACGAAAACGGACGGCAUACCAGUAGACAUGGCCAUCAACGGGCUGAUUAUUCUUGGAUGUCUGACCGCAACUGAAAAGCCAAAAGAUAUCCGGGUUUGUAAUGUGACUCAGUCUGGUGUGAACGCUAUCACCUGGUACGAGGGUUCAUUAUUCUGGUCAGAAUAUUUGUUGAAAUAUCCAUUGACGAAGUGCCUCUGGUAUCCCGUUGUCAAAGCGAAGCAUUACGAAUGGGAGCAAAAAAUUGAUUCAUUCUUCGAACACACACUGCCGGCUUAUGUUAUAGAUUUUAUGCUAAAAUUGUUCCGACAAAAGACAUUCAUGGUCUCAGUCAACAAACGUGUCAUAAACGGAUUAAAUCUCCUUCAACACUACUGCAACAGAAACUGGGACUUCAGAAACGAGUACUUUAAAUCGUUCAAAAAUUUAAUUACCAAAAAGGACAACGAAAUUUUCUUCACCUCCAUGGAGGUUAUAAACCCGAGGGCAUACAUGGAGGCAUACGUUCAAGGUUUAAGGCAGUAUUACUGUCAAGAGGAUCCCUCAACUUUGCCCAAAGCUAGAAAAUUACUCAACCGUUUGUACGCCCUACACUUAUUAAUGAUGGGAACAAUGUAUUCUCUUUCGAUGUACUUAAUAUAUAGACUAUAUAACAAAUUCAGAAAAUGUCAAAUUUCUACUAAAUAAAUAUUAUUUACCGA